AUGAGCGGGAUCAUUCCGAUUCUGAAGAAGCCUAAAGUCGAGCAAGGUGAGGAGGUAAGCGGCGGCGGAGGCAGAGGUGGCGGAGGAGAAGUAGAUGACGAAGAAACCACGGUGGAGGAGCAAGAAUCCGCGUUUGUGGCGCUUAUCGAACAUCGUACUCGCGAAGUUGAACAUCUAAGGAAGCGUAUCGACUACUAUACCUCUAAGGCGAAUUCGGUGCAGCUUGCUUUUCCUGUUCACAGUCUAUUCUCUUCCUCGCUGCAUUCCUUCACCAUUUUGGGGACUGUGAAUCGCAAGGUUUCCCAGCAUUUAAAAUUAGGGGGUUCUGGCAUGAGGGAUUGCGUUCGUUCCAGUGCUCAGACAAGCUCUUCUACCCAGUCGGAUAUAAUUAGGAAAGUAAAUGCAGAGAAGCCGGACCAGAGUCAUUCCGACGUUGAAGUUGUUGAAAAUCAGGAUAAAGGAAGAAAGAAGAAACAUGGCGGUGGGCUGAAGAUAUAG